GACACGUUUUCCAACACGCUUCCAAGAAGAAAGAGCAAAUGGAGAUAACUUUAUCACAUUUUAUUUAACACUGUGAGACUUUAGAAGUGACUUUGGGACCCUUCGAAUUGUUACUGCAAGAAACAUGUCAAAGUUGGACCUAUAAAUUUCACUGAAUCACCCCUUUCUUAAUUGACUAUGGGGGGAAAAAAAGAUUAUUAGGGCAUGUUUUGACAAUUAUAAGUCAAAUAUUAACGUUAAUAUAAAGCUUUUUUACUCACUUAACUCACUGCAGCACUUCGGAGUCUUCAAAUUGUCUACGCAAAGGAACAAUGUGUACCAGACUCGACCAUUCAGGAUGCUCCAGAUGAGCCACUGAAGACACGUUUAGUCUGUGAGAUUAACUUUACACCCAGGUUUUUGGCAUGAGAUGAACCCAAAACUCUUGGCAGCAGCGACUUAUUAGCAGUCCAUGGAGGUAUUUUUUUAAUACAAUUACAUUUGAGAAUGAGGAACAGGUAUGCAGUCAUCCUUAUCUGCAUUGUGGCACUUGUCAUCAUUGAAAAGGAAAACAACAUUAUUUCAAGGGUCUCAGAUAAGCUGACAAUCCGACGAACAACACAGACUCCAGAGCCCCCAGUGCUCUACAGUGCUUUCAACAGUUCCUAUCCAGAGGAGAUGUAUGCUGAGAAUGCCACACAGUUAUUAAGGGCAGGCCAUAAGCACAUCAUUUUGAUGGCUACAACUCGUACAGGUUCCUCCUUCGUGGGCGAGUUUUUCAACCAACAGGGUGCAAACAUGUUUUACCUCUUUGAACCGCUAUGGCAUGUGGAGAAAAUGUUAGCGAUUGGCACGAGUGGCACUAAUACUAGUGCAGCUGUUUGGGUGUACAGGGAUGUCCUGCAGCAUCUUCUCUUGUGUAACUUCUCCAUGUUGGAGCACUUCAUCAGUCCUCCUCCUCAGGAUCAUGUUACCCCUGCCCUCUUCCGCAGAGAGUCCAGUAUAUCCCUGUGCGAGGAGCAAGUCUGCACUCCUGUCAUCAAAGAUGUUUUCGAGAGGUACCACUGCAAGAUAAGGCGGUGUGGACCGCUCAAUCUGACCUUGGCAUCUGAGGUCUGCCAUGCAAAAAAGCACAGGACAAUCAAAUCUGUGAGGGUCCAGCAGCUGGAUACGCUUCGUUCCCUAGUGGAGGACCCUCGAUUGGAUGUCAAACUCAUACAGCUGGUGAGGGACCCGCGAGCCAUCCUGGCAUCAAGGAUGGUGGCUUUUGCCAGUAAGUAUCAGAACUGGAAAAGUUGGGCUGUGAAUGGAGAUGUGCCUAUUGAGGAUGAGCAGAUGAAACGCUUAGAAGGAAACUGUAACAACAUCCGCAUGUCUGCAGAGCUGGGCUUGAGUCAGCCUAAAUGGCUGGAAAAACGUUACAUGCUUGUACGUUAUGAGGAUAUCGCCAGGUAUCCCAUGCAGAAAGCAGCUGAAAUGUACAAUUUCACAGGGAUUUCAUUUACGUCACAAGCGAGGGACUGGAUCCUUAAGAACACACAUGCUUCAACGGAGGCCAGUGGUGUGUAUUCUACCCAAAAAAACUCCUCAGAACAGGUUGAAAAAUGGCGGUUUAGGAUACCAUUCAAACUAGCCCAAGUUGUACAGCAAGUUUGUGGACCAACCAUGAAGCUUUUUGGGUAUAGAUUCGUAGACAAUGAACAGAUGUUGGUAAACAGAUCUUUUAGUUUGCUUGAAGAGAAAGAAUUUACUUUGUCAUAAAUUUUUUUUUAAAUCCCCCAAAAAACAUGUAUUGCAGAAACUAGCACAUUGGGAGAUUGUACCUUUUAAAGGAAUAGUCAACCCCAAAAUGGGCUUCUCAUCAUUAAAUCUCAUGCAAUCCCAGAUUUAAUGAUGAGAUUUAAUGAUGAGAAGCCCAUUUUGUACCUUUUAAAGGAAUAGUCAACCCCAAAAUGGGCUUCUCAUCAUUAAAUCUCAUGCAAUCCCAGAUUUAUAUGACUUUCUUCUAUUGAACACAAAGUAUAUUUUAUAGUAUAAACAAUAUUUUAGCUCUGCUGGUCCUCACAAUGCUAGUCAAUAGGGUCCAAAACUUUGAAGCUCAAAAAUCAUUUAAAGGCAGCAUAAAAGUAAUCCAUACAAAUACAGUGGUUUAAUUCAUAUCUUCAGAGGUGAUAUUAUAGGUAUUCGUGAGAAACAGAUCAAUAUUUAAUAACGUAGAAUCUGUGCAUAUCGCCACCUACUGGGCAGUUUAUUAAUGGCUUUUUUGAAGGAUGUAAAAAAGGAUAGAAAACUAAUUUUCAGGCUAUUACUCAAUAUUAACUGGGAAAUAACUUCCACUGCAUGAACAGACAUUCAGUGUAAAAAUGUAGCUUUUGACAGCCAGCUGUGACAGAGUAAAAUGUUUGCAUUAUUCUCCACAAAUCUGAGGUAGAGAAUAGACCUCUGUCCAUGCAAUUUAAUUAUAUUUUAUUUGCAUUUAUAAUUUUUUUUAAAUGUUUUAAAUUGCAUAUUUUCAUAGAUUUAUUUAAAUUAACAACAACAUUGGAAAAUGAAGAGAACGGUUUGGAAAGUAAAACUUACAGAUAUUUUUUUUUACACAAUUACAGUUAAGGUUUAUGUUUGUAAACUCUUGCUAAAGCAAGUAACAUUAACAGGAAUGAUUUCAUUCUUCAUACAAAAAGAGAAAACAACCAGACUCUCAUAACUGAGUCAUUUUAAGUGUCUGUGUGUUUUCUCACAGGAUGGAUCAAAAUACUCUAUUCUGACUUGCUGCCUGCAGUGCGAAAUAUUCCAAGAGCAUCUGUUCUUCAGCUAUGGCACAGUACACAUCAGGA